GUCCUCUGUUGUAAUAGUGCACAGUUUGUUAUCCUCCAUCAAAUAAAUAUUUGAUGGAAUAUUUUUGUUUCGUUUUGUUUAAUAGUAUAUUACCUACAAAUUUUGUAUACAUUCUUCUAUCUGCAGUUUAAAGAUUACACGAGCAAGAGGCAGACGAGAAGAUGGAAGGGGCAAUAGAAAACAAUGAUUCAGGGACGAGCUUAAAAUUUAUCAAGAGUCAGUGUGAAGGGGAAAGUGCAAAGGCAUUUCACUUACAGAUGAGAGAUAGCAUCGAGGAAAUGAUACAACAGCUACUGCAUUCGUUUGACACAGUUAACCAGAUGGUCAAUGCAUCAUUGAAAUUCCUGGAGGCCCGGCUGUUACACUUUGCAGUCAAAUUCAAAAACACCCCAAAGGAGAAUAACACCGAAAUGUUAGAACAACCACAGCAUGCAAUGUCACCAAAGGGAGAUGACUCUUACACAGCCAUAUCAGAUCAGUCAAAGUAUGAGUGUGUUUGUGAAAGUGUCUCCACCAGUUUCAACGGUGAAACGCAUCGACAAGGAACACUUUGUUUGAACUCUUCCCCAGUCGCAACCACACUUAAAGGCCAGAGUAACGACAGACACGGGAGAAGGUCCGAUAAAGAAAAGCAACGUUUUAAAAUGUUCUUCGAUACGUUGAAAAGUUUACAGCUACCGAUUACACAACUAGUGUUCUUAUUGACCAUGUUUUCUGAAGCAGUUCACGGAUGUGCAGGCCACAUUGUCCAAACGGCAGCAGUAGGAAUGCGUGCUUCAAUUGAAUGCGACAGAAAAGAAAUACUCAAUUUACGGUCUUCUCCAGUAACAAUUUCAACGAUUGAAAAUAGAACUGUUACGUGGGCAGAUGCAGGAGCUUAUAUUUGCAAAGAAACUAAACAAACUUCGGUCAAUUUGGAGGUUACUUUUCUUGCGCCGCUCUUUCAAAAUGAUCGUUUGUCCUACAUAAGUUUUCCACUGGAGAAAACGCAAAGCCUUAUGAUUCAGUUGUCGUUCAAGCCAUUUUCAACAGACGGUUUGGUUGUAUACAUUGCCAACGCUACUGAUGAAAGACCAAGUGCUACGUUCGCACAGGAAGGGGGAUAUGCAAUGCUGCGUUUGUACAAAGGAUCUGCUUUUACUAUGAUCAAAGGGAAGCAACUACUGUCCGUGAACGAAUCGCAUACGAUCUAUUUCAGUUUCGAUAGCAGUGAAGCUACUAUGGGGUUGGACCAGUAUCAACCGGAAGUAAUUUCUCUGCCUAAAGACCUUUAUCAGGGUAUUGGUGGUAGGGUGUACAUAGGCGCGUCCUUAUAUCUCACAACUAUGGACAAUUCGAAAGGAUUUGAAGGCAUUGUCAGUGAGUUCAGGCUAAACAAUCGACUUGUAGACAUGGGAACGGAGGCCCAGGAUAUAGUUGGCAUAGUAAACUACAAUGCCUGUUCUGAGAACGCUUGCGAAAAUUACAGUGUGUGCAUACCAACCAAUAAUAAAGAGGGAUAUGUCUGUAUCUGCCCCGACAAUCAUACAGAGAACAUUGGUUGCCAACUUGCGAGAAAAAGUUGUUCUUACCAUUAUAACGACACCAUUAAAGAGGAUAUCGUGAUAACCUGGAACUCGACUGAUGGACAUAUAACUUAUGUCAAUGUGAAUAAUACGAACAUUGCUAGUUGUACACCGCUGCAUAAAGAUCCAGAGUUAAAUUCCAGAAUAAAUAAUACUUGGUACAACGCAUCAUUUAGAAAUGGUUUCUGCGAACUUAGUAUAAGUCAUUAUCUACUAUCUUCUGGACGAAUGCUUGUUAAAGUGGAGUCUAGUACCUUUGGCCUCAACCAUGUUUUUGUUAACGACAACCAAGUCAAUUGCAAGACAUCUGUAAUCGCUUUUAUAUACAUCCAAGGCGGAAAGGACGAUUCGCCUAAGGAUUUAGAGACACAGCACCCUUUUACUCCUUUAGUUACACUUAUUAUUAUCAUGUCCACGCUAUUUUUAGUGACAGCAAGCGUCAUAGCAAUUUGGAAACGUCGAAGUAUAAUUUGCUACUGCCGAAAAGGACGUAAAGAAAGCAAUGUUGGAAAUGAUCCAGGUGGUGAAAGUCACGCCCUCAAUGGUGAAAGUCACGCCCUCAAUGGUGAAAGUCACGCCCUCAAUGGUGAAAGUCUCGCCCUCAAUGAUCAACCUGUUAGGAUAAAUGGCAACCAAGUUACAUACCAUCUCAACCAGGAACCCAUGGAUGACGAAGAUCAGGAAUGAAUUAACUAAUGUCGUGAUUGUUCUUAACUCUUGCUUCGAAGUACUGUUCGUCUCGUUGAGUGCCUCUAAUGUUUAAUGCUAGUGUAUAUGCACAAGUUCAUCGUUUGAAAGAGCUUACGCUUACUAUGGGAUAUCAAGGAAGUGAGCAUCAGAAAUCGAAUUAAAACUUUAGAACUCAAAUAAACAUUGUGUAACAGUAUAAAAUACAAUACAUGUAUUUGUUCGAGAUUCAUUUUUGGCAGCCAAGACUGGCAAGACGACUUCAUGUACAACUAGCUACAUGUGAAAAUUAAUUUAGCCUAACAUAGUUAGAAUGUAGCUUUUUGUUGUAUCGUUAGCAAGACAAAUGUAUUGCUUCAAUGUUUUGCGGGUCAAGUGUUAGUCAAGGUGAGACUAUUUUCCAAAAUAAAGUAUCAAUAAGAGUUGCAUUCAUCAUUUAAUAAUACAUUCACUUACAUGUCCUUGAAAAAGCAUUUAAUGUAUAGUAUAUACUGAACAUAAUCAUAGUUAAAUUAGGCUUUUUGGUUUGUCUUCGUAGUUGAAUUAUGAACUGGUUAAAGCAUAGACAUAGGCGAGUUUAGAGACGUUGUUUUAUACUUGCACAAAAAUAAUGAAAAUCAUAAUAUGAUAACUAUUUCUUUUUGAAAAGCUUAAGCGUUUGCAGUAAAACAGUGUUUUCUUCUGUUGUUUGUUUUCUCUUUAAUAGUUAUCCGAUUGUCUCUUCUAUUUCGCUUUUGUAAGUAGACAUCGUGAGAACUCCUAUAAUUUCAGUAGAAAUCAUACUCAUUAAGAACUUCUAUGUUAAUAUAGAUUUCCGUCUUAAGUGAGUAUUUUUGUUGGUAUUGUUUUGGUAAUGUGUUAUUUGUUUGUAUUGCCUUAUUUUGCUACCUUUAACAUUUCCUAUAUUGAUCUAUUUGAAUAGCUAGCUAUAUAUAGGUAAAUAAUAUAAACGACAGUUUGUUUUAUUUCAAGACACAAACACAAAAAGUUUUGAAUUAUUGAAUGUUUAAAUAUUGAUUGUCUUAAAUGUUCUCCGAAUCGAUAUCCAUAAUCUUUGUGUUGCAAUGUAUAUAUGUAUGAAUACCUGUCAUGCAUUUUUAAACGAAGAACAUGCAUUGAAAAAACAUAUAUGUGAUACUUACAAUUUAAAAGGCCCAUUCACGCUGACAGUAAGCAUAUUUUAGAAUGUGUAGAUAAAAUUGAACUAUUUUUAAGGUUUAAUGUUUAAUGCCAAAUAUUGUUUUGGAAACCUAAAGUGCUUUCCAAUUCUCUUGCUUUAAAAAUAAACUGCCAUUUAUACUAUUAUUUUUAGGUCACAAAUAUAGUUUAAAACUCAACAAUAUCUGGCCAGGGAUUUUAAGAAUUGGUGUUUAAAAUAAACAACUUUAACACAUAUUUCUUUGAACAAAUGCAUUUAAUAUAACAACGAAAUGCUAUUUAUUAAAAAAAUAUUUGAUUUUAGAAACACCUUAUAAAAUGUUUACGUGUUCUUUUAUCAUUCAAAAUGAAUCCAGUAUUCUUUAUUUCUUAUAAAGGGACAUAACACAAAUAUUAAUUGUUCCCGGUGUUUUAUUGUUAAGGCUUAUUGCAUAAAUUUAGGAGUGUUCACACAUGAAAUUGUUAUAAUUGUUUAAUUUUUUUUAAGAUGUAUUCUUUAUUUGCAAUUUUUUUUCUUGUUUGCUUAUGAGUAAUUUCUACAUGUAUAUCAUGGAUGUAUUCGCGUGCAUUUUGACAUAGCUUAAACGUUCACUUUCUUUCCUAAAUAACCUUUUUACUACAGCUCUAAGUGUAUAAUACUUUGUGUGAAAUGACUUUCGUUAUAAAUAGUUUAAAUCGUGCAUCUAAUUCUUGCCGUUUAAAAAUUGAAAAUAGUGUUGCAAGGUGUUUAUAUCUUUCAUUUAAAUGCCAGUUGUAUAAGAUAGAGUGUUUUUAUAUUUCAUUGAAAUGUCAGUUAUAUAUGGUAGAGUGUUUACAUAUUUCAUUGAAAUGCCAGAUAUAUAUGUCAGAAUGUUUACAUGUUUCAU